AAGUAGAAGCCAUAGAAUAACGUUACGCCUGCAGCUUGAUUGACACCCCUGUCGUCCAAUCAGUGCUAUUUUUAUUGCGACAAUUCUGCUGUUGGACCCUGGCAUUAGUUUUGUUGUAGUAGCCUACUGACAAAUAUGUCGGCCUCUGGGAAUCUCCUGACCACCAAUAUUAUGGAUAUAUGAGAAGAGCACAUCAUUGUUUUGGGAUUAUAUUCACCUGGUUUUCUUCUCUUUAACUUCCGCAUUGAUGGAGCGGCCUGCAGACAUAUGCUAGCUAUUUUACAGAAGUUAAAAAACCAAGCAGCUUCCACCCCUAGCUAACAUUUAGUUAAGCUAAGCUGCGUGUAGUAAAAUAACGUCAGACAUAUCGGUGUCUGGCUAGCUAGCCAAACAGUUAACGUUAACGUUAUCUGUAUUAGCUUGACGCUGGGAUAGCUAGCCACCACAGCAAGACUCGUAACGUUACAUCCUGCUGGCACCGCUGAAUGAGUCCUAUGAAUAAUACUGAAUGUUGCGUUAAGGAGUUGUCUCCGCUGAUCAUAACCCCAUGAGGAAAUAACACGACCAAGACUGGCACAUCCCAUUCACCGUUUUUGGACCCAGAACAAUUGUAAACCCCCUCACAGGUGCAGCAUCCUGACCAACCAUCAGACUGGAUUCACUUCUUUUGUGACCCAGGACCUGUUGAAGUUUAUAUUCAGUACUACCUCCUCAUCCAUAUACACAAAGCCAUCCAAAUCAACAAUCGAGGAGGCUCCAGCACUGGAUCCUGUUUUAGGGGUGGAGAAGAUACUUUAAACCUGGAAAAAAAUCCAAAUGGCCAUAGGAAUUUCUAUCUUCCACAGAUAAAAGCCACAGUUUGCUGUAUCCUCCAAGGGAUUGUUGUGGAAGCAUGUUAUCCAAGCCUCAGUGCUCUCUGCUGGGCAAGGAAGCAGAGGGAAGGCCCUAGAAGUCCCUGGAGAAGACGGCAAAAUAGAAAACGGCCUGUAGCUGGAAGGCUUACACUUACAUAACUAACAGGCACAGCCAUCCACUAACACAGUUGAACAAGGAAACCAGUGGGGAAACUGGGUUGUUCUAUAUGUUGCUAUUGCUGGCUGAUAUAUGAGAUAAUACCAUUCACACAUAACCCCUAGCGCUCCAAAGCAACACUGUAAUUUUAGCUCUUUCUCAAAAAUUUAAUUUACAUGGAUACUAAUGGAUGUUCGACUGGAUUUUCCCACAAAUGUUUUGGAAAGAAUCACACCACCACUUCUUGCAUUUUGUCUUCCAAUCACAUCCCUGGUGCAGCUGGCAGGUGAGGUGGUUUGAAUCAGCCACCGGCGGGGUUUAGGGAUGCCCCGACACAGGAAAACCAGGAUCCUCCACUGGCCCGUUUACAGACUGCUGUUUCUAAUACGAGUUCUGGACUGAAGGCAAAUUGUCUCCUUCUCUAGAAGAGUGUAAGGGGUUGUUACUUUUUUAUUUACAAGACUUUUUCUUACACUGCGUCAACUGCCCAGACUGCUGGUCUCUGGGUGCUAAAAACUUUACAUUUUAGUGGUAAUCUCCAUACAUUCUGCUAGCACAUUUAGCUACAAACAAGCCCAUUUCCCAUUGUAAGUCUCGACCUGCGUUUUUUUCCAAGCUGAGAAAAGUCAUCGUUGUUUCAAGCUUUCCUCUCCAUUUCUUGCUGUUUCUUUUGGUCCAUCUUGUAUGUCCAUCUCCUACCAAAACAGGCCUUCCUCUGCCAACUGUUAUACCUCACUAAACUCCCAUUCUUUGACCAAUCAAAUCAGACUGGAUGAGGUCACAUCAGGCGCGAGGCUCAUCAGUUUAGCUGAGGUUUUCUGUCUGUCAGAUUCCGAUUUGAUUGGACUUUCACAACACCAAAUCACUAACAAACUACAUUUUUGUGUUUAAAUUCAAAGGUCCAGCUAGUUUUAUAAAUCUCAAUAACAGCCAUGUUUUUUGUAUUGAACUAUUAUGAUAUUUUUCUCCAAGCCCUUAUUCACUUUGCAAUACAACAAGCAAACGGCCUCUUUUUAGACUGAUUUUACUCAGUCAGUUUCUAUUGGCUUGUAUACGUAAUUGACUGGCAUGUUGCGUGGAACAGAGACAAGCUAGUGUCUGCAGCUCUGAAAGAGAUAGCUGUCCGGACACCUCCUCCUCCUCUGUUCAUCCUGCCUUGCCACCUGUUUUCUGAAAAACAAGGCUUUCACAGCUGAGGUUCUUUUAAUCUCACACACAAACACACAGGAGAUCAGGCUCGACCUUUAACCUAAGAAAGCAAUCGCUCCUCCUUCCAUCUUAGUGUGAUGAAGCAGAGGAGUGUUUUCCUCUUUUCCACGUGAAAGAGGAAAACACUCCUCAAUUAUCCCUCCAUCUCUUGUAUCUGUUCUUUCCAUUUUUGCUUUUUUGCCAAUCCAUCAUUUCUAACCACAAAUUACAAAUCCAGCCAGUACACCACACCUAGAGAAACGUUUAACUCUGAACAGUAAAUUCCUCGGCAUAGCAGUCGCUGGACACACACGCCACUACACAUUGGAAGCAAUGCCAGGUAACAGCAGUAAGAGUGGAGGGCGGGGUCCAUCCUCGUCACCCCUCCCCCACGUCGUGGUCCCGCCCAGCAGACCCCUGAGACCCUCCCGCUACGUCCCAGUGUCGGCAGCCACUUUCUUCCUCGUCGGCUCCACCACGCUCUUCUUCUGCUUUACGUGUCCAUGGCUUUCAGAGCGUUUCUCAGUAGCUGUACCCAUCUACAAUGGAGUCAUCUUCCUGUUUGUUUUGGCUAACUUCUGUAUGGCCACAUUCAUGGACCCCGGCAUCUUCCCUAGAGCUGAGGAGGACGAGGACAAGGAGGACGAUUUCCGAGCUCCCCUCUACAAGACUGUGGAGAUCAGAGGGAUCCAGGUCAGGAUGAAGUGGUGUUCAACCUGCCGCUUCUACAGGCCGCCGCGGUGCUCCCACUGCUCCGUCUGUGACAACUGUGUCGAGGACUUCGACCACCACUGUCCUUGGGUGAACAACUGCAUCGGCAGGAGGAACUACCGCUACUUCUUCCUCUUCCUUCUGUCUCUGACAGCUCACAUCAUGGCCGUGUUUGGUUUUGGCCUACUCUUUAUCCUCUACCAUCGGCAAAACAUCGACCGCUUGCACGCCAUCGUCACGCUAGGUGUAAUGUGUGUUGCAGGCCUGUUCUUUAUCCCUGUUGCUGGCCUCACUGGUUUCCACAUAGUGCUUGUGGCCAGAGGCAGGACUACCAAUGAACAGGUAACAGGGAAGUUCCGAGGAGGUGUUAACCCUUUCACCAAUGGCUGUUGGAAGAAUGUCUCUCAUGUCCUCUGCAGCUCACAGGCACCCAGGUAUUUGGGCAGAAAGAAGUGUGUGCAGAGUGUGUGUGUGCAGCCUCCCUUUCUGCGGCCACAGCUGACAGAGGCCCAGCUGGCAGCAAAGAUCCUGGACAACGGUAUACAGGGAGACCUGCACCGGUCCAAGUCCAGUCUAGAGAUGAUGGAGAGCCAGUCAUGCGAUGCUGAGCCUCCUCCUCCUCCUAAACCAGAGCUCCGCUACCCUGGAAUCACCAGAGGAAACACAGAGGAGUGCAGUCUACUGAACAAAGCCCCUCCCACCCCCACAAUGUACAAAUACAGGCCCACCUACAGUCCCGGCAAGAACCACACAGCGCUCACACACGCCUACGCCAACCAGUUAAGUCGAGGGGAGAGUGUUGGCAGUGCCAGGGACUCCUCCUCCUCCACCUCCUCCCUCCUUCAGGCCAGCCAGCAGCCUGGUUUCCGCUCCCAGCCCAGCCUGGACCGAAGGGACACUUCAUCUGACAGAGUGGGAGGGGGAGGAGGUGGGGAGAGAAUGGAGGCCAGAAGAGAGGUGGGGGGAGGGGGCAUCCAUGGCUACUCCCUCGGCGGGCGCUCGUACCCCUCCUUCUCCGACCAUACGGUCCUAUCAGGAGUGGCGUCCCGGUCUUCCAGCUCCACGCACACCUCAGCAGGAGGCGUUCACGUUUCCGAAGCGACCACCACCUCGGCCAGCUUCAAGAGCUUAGCCAAUCAGACACCCCCGCACCACCACCCGUCCCGCAACGGGAGCCUAUCGUAUGACAGUUUACUGGCAGGUGGUGACGAUUUCGACAAAGUGGUGGCAGCGGGUCCAGCAGCCCCUGAGGUCUCCUCUGGGAGACCCUGCACGCCAGCAGCAGGCGGCUACAGCUCCCCUUUCCUGUCGUCCCAGCCGAGAGACGCCGAGAUGCACUCCCAGUCCUCCCAGUCGCCCCACCACUACCCCCGCUCCUCCUCCCACCACCACCACCACCACUCCUUCCUCCAUCGAUCCUCCUCCUCUACGUCCUCCUCCCCACCGCCUCCUCCGGAGAGGGAGUGCCUGCUGGGCGAGCCCCACCCCGCUGCUCACCCCCCGCCUGCCAAUCAGGCCUCGGCUCCCCCGUCCUCCUCCGCCCCGCCUCCCCCACACCAUCACCACCACCACGCCCAUCAUCACCACCACCACGGCCAUCAUCACCACCACCACUCCUCCUCCUCCUCCUCUACCUCACGCCCCCCCCGCUUCGCUGCCCCUCAUGCACCACCCCACCACGCUUAUCCCUACCGCACCCGCUCCACCGACACCCCUCUGGGAUCCUCCUCUACUUCCACGACCCACCCUCCCCGCUCCCCGCACCCCCCGCCUCUGGGCAAGUCGCUCUCUUACUCGAGCGCCGCCGCUGCUGAAAUGCAGUACCGGCUGGUCCGAAAGGCUUCUGCGUCAGCCGGAGCGAACGCGGCAGGGGUAGGAGGAGGAGGAGGAGGAGGAGGAGGAGGAGGAGGAGGAGGAGGAGGAGGAGGAAUACAAGCGCCGAAAUUUCCUGGAUGAGCUGAUCCAGAUGAAACCUCUGAGUCGGACCAACGGCGGCCAGCUCUUCUCCUCCUCAUCCUGCUCCGCCCCUUCCUCCCCCUCUCACCCAGUCAGCAUGUCCGCCCGGCCUGGAGCUGCUUUUCCCAGCGCAGCGUUGAUGCCGAGUCCCCCCCACAAGCCUACGGGUGGCGGGGUGAAGAAGGUGACGGGCGUCGGGGGAACCACCUACGAGAUUUCUGUCUGAGUGCCGGCCAGCCUUCCGCUCGAGGACCAAUGAGACAAAAAAGGAGAUGCUGCUGCCUCCUUCUGCCUUUUUGAGGGACAGACUUGGGUUUUUCAUAAGCAACUGUUAGACCGGGACAUCUGAGGAUGGGUUGAACUCCUCUCUGGCUGAUUGACGGUGGAGCUAAACUGUGCUGGACUGCCCUGCCUCUGGGCAUCCACCUCAAUAACUCUGCUGGUAAAAUGAGAGUAAGACCUGGACUGAUGUAAGCCAGGACUGGGCUGUAAAAGACUAUUUUUGGGGGAUCUCACUGGACCAAACCGGAAUUAUGUUUUGGCACCUUUUUUUGUGGGUUUAUCGUCAGCAGGUAGCACGAGGCACUAGCAUGGUCAGGUCUGGGUGUUAACAUUAUACAAGUAUAGCAGCGCAGGGCAUUCCACUGCCAGGGCUGGGGCCGCCAACGAGCUCUGGAGCUCUGAGGUUUGAUGACUCGAAGUUUACCAAGUUAACAAUCAGCACUUUUGGACUGAAGCUGCAUUAAGGUCAAAAGUAGUGCUGUUUAAUAUUUUAACAUUUAUCCACUAACAUUUCAAACAUCAUUAAACACAAAACCCCAUGAUGAUGAUGAUGAUGAUAACAAUCUUUGGAACCUGAUCAAAAUCAAAGUAGAAUCCAUCCAAAGUGAAGGGCUUCCCAUAGACGACCAGUUUAGUGUAAACUAAAUGUGUGAUAUCAGGUGAAGUCAUAGCUAGUUCUUCAGACAAUGCAUUACAGUUGUCGGAUACGGCCUUCUUUAAAUAACAGCAUCUACCAAACGGAGUGAUUUCAUUGGCCCGUGAACACAAGUGGUGUUGUGUGUGCAUGCAUGGAGUCCGUGAUGCAGCCCAGACCCGGUCCACCGCGGACUCUCCUCGAGGCCGCUGUCCCGUUCACAGCCUUCCACUCAGUCACGGAAAUGCACAACGGGACCCGGCAGGAGGUCCGUAAUCUAGCAAGUGAGAGCUGUUAUGGACUUGUGACAAUCUACCGCGUCACAGAUGAACGUUCCUUUCCUCUCAGUGGCGCUGCGUGAAUUGGCUUGCCUUUUGACGGAGGGAUGAAAAAUGUGACAAAAACUAAAUCCUGAUUCCGUUUCUCUGAUUCAUUUGAUUUAUUUCUAGAUGUGAAUAUGGUUCCAUGUUUGUACAGGGUGAUGUGAUUUUAAAUGUGGGUUUCUUUUUUUUUAAGUGGCGUUCAUACCAGACUGCAGCAUGCACUACUAUUACUACUAGCCACUAUAGGCCAUCUUGUUUGGCUGUGGACCAAAGUGGUCUGUUCGAACAAACAAGUGAGGAACUAAAGUGAACAAGGAAAUCAUGUUUUGGCCUUUUUGUUUUCAACGGGCUCUUUAAGACAAGGCCGUCAUUCCUCGAGCAAUUGCCUUGAAAAUUAAAGUUUUUUUUAUGUCACCUAUUUAAUUUGAAAUUGUUUUAUAUGAAUUUAUAUGGAAAUAUAGCUAUUGAUAAACCAAGAGUUUUUAAUAUUGUCUCAAAAGAGGGGUUGAGUUUUAGUCCUAUUAAAAAGAUGAAAGCAGCCAGCUGAUUGGUUUUUGGUUCAGAAGCUCAGACCAGACGCCUUAUUUAUAAGAUGGUCAGUAAGGAUUUCAGUUAGUUCUCUAU